GAAACACUUAUCAGUUCUCUUCCUUUCGCUCAUUUUUCUAAGCAACCCAUUAGAGAUCAAAUCCCUACAGUCUAGAGCUCCAAUUUCUCAAUGCUCUAACACUGAAAAGGUAGCUCCUUUUUCAGUUUUCAAUACUGUUCACCCUCCGACGAGUCAUUCAGCGGCUGCCGCGACGGCUCGUCAUUCCCUCCGCCGCCCUCGGAUUGCUGGCGGUCGACAAUAAAGGAGGAGUAGACACCAGCUGUAUUGAUGAUUUGGGACUUAGUUUGUUAAGCUUAGUGUACUUAAAUAGUGGUCAUUCGGAAAAUACGAAGAAGGACCAGUGUUGUUGGAGCAAACCUGCUGUGGACCGCUUGGUCAUCAUUAUUCUGGAUGCCCUGAGGUUUGAUUUUGUUGCUCCCAGUGCGUUUUCCCCAGAGAAAAAACCAUGGAUGGACAAACUACCAGUAUUACUGAAUCUGGCCUUCACAGAGGGGUCAUCUGCCAAGAUAUUCAAGGCUAUUGCAGAUCCUCCAACUACUAGUCUUCAGCGCUUGAAGGGCUUGACCACUGGUGGGCUGCCUACUUUUGUUGAUGUAGGAAAUAGCUUUGGUGCUCCAGCGAUUGUUGAGGACAACCUAAUACAUCAGUUGGUGUCAAAUGGAAAGCGUGUGGUGAUGAUGGGCGACGACACAUGGGUUCAGUUGUUUCCAGACCAUUUUAACAAAUCUUAUCCUUAUCCAUCUUUUAAUGUCAAAGAUCUUGAUACGGUCGACAACGGAUGCAACACACACAUAUUUGAAUCCUUACAUGAAGAAGACUGGGAUGUACUUAUUGCACAUUUUCUCGGUGUGGACCAUGCUGGUCACAUAUUUGGUGUCGAUUCCAUGCAAAUGAUAGAAAAAUUGGAGCAAUAUAAUGAGAUUUUGGAGUUGGGACUAUUAUAUAAAUCGAAUUUGAAUCGUAGUCUCAAUCAUUUGCCCACACGUUUUCUUCAUAAAGUAAUUGAAACGCUGGUCAGACAAUCUGGACCUGGCGGCUUACACGAGAAUACAGUUCUGCUUGUUAUGGGCGACCAUGGACAAACACUAAAUGGCGAUCAUGGAGGAGGGAGUGCUGAAGAGGUCGAGACAACAUUGUUUGCUAUGGGUUUUAAGCAGCCUCCAUCUUUGGUCCCUCACGAAUUUGAUUCCUCGUCUUGUCUAUUAGAUUCAAAUGGAAAGAAGUGUGUAAGCUCUAUUCAACAGCUCGACUUUGCAGCGACUGUCUCGGCAUUGCUUGGUGUUUCCUUUCCUUUUGGAAGCAUUGGGUCUGUGAACGCUGAGCUAUAUGCUUUAGCUGCUGGCACAUGGAACUGGAGGGAUCUUGACACUGCCAAUCACCAACAUCAGUCAGUGAUGGAAAAAUGGAUGAAAAACUAUGUGAAUACACUUUGCACAAAUUCUUGGCAGUGGAAGAAGGGAAAGUUGCUUGUUUUUUGCUGGCCUCAACUGGCAUUGGUCAAAUUACGUUAUUCAAUCAUGAGAAAGGAGAUGCUAGUUGAAGCGAUUUUAUUCCUUCUAUUGGUCUUAGGUCUCAGAUUUACAAUUGAGAUUGGGAUGUCAAAGCAGGCUGCCACUUCAGCAUUCAUGCAUGCUUCUUCUUCUUGGAUAACUGGGAUUGCUCUUGGGUACUGCAUAACAAGGUUGCAGAAUACAGGAAAAGAUGCAAAUGGUGGGAAAUCUAGAACCUCAAGCUUCAAUCUUCUCGCUGUGACACAAUGGAACCUUUUAGCCGUAUGUCUGUUUUUCGCCUCAGGGCACUGGCAAGAAUGCUUACCCUCUAUUGACAUUGUUGUUUACAAAAUGACACCCUCUAUUUCUCACACAGCAAGCAUGUCUAAGAGAUCCUUCUUCUCAGGUGUGCUUUUGAUGGCCUUCGCUAUGGUGCUGCAUUUAUUGGGUUAAUUUGACGAGUUUGUACUUGUCCGUCAAGCAAUCCUUCUUACUUUGGAGACAUUUGGGUUUUCCCUCAUCCUUCCUGUUAUUGGGCUUCCAUUUCUUAUUCUGGGUCGCAAACAAACUAACCCUGGGAUGAAUGUUCUUUUCAAUCAGUUGUCUCAGUUGUUACAACUUUUUUCUAUUUUAUUGGCAGAUGUCUGGGGGCUGUUUGCUCCAAAAUUUGUCUUUGACGUGGUGGGUCUUACCCUAACAGAAGUCAUCAUUUGCUUGGCCUCCCUUCUCUAUUUUAGAAGAAGGGUUGUCUAAUAAAGAGCUCAGAAUUCUUCUCACAGAAAGAUGGACUCCUGAGAAUCUUCGUCCUGCAAUUCGUCCUGCUUUCGUCUGCUUUUACCUAGCAAGUUCAGGAUUUGGGGAAGUGUCAGUUUCCUUUGUGGGCUUUCACACCAAUUGCAUCCCUGCAUUCAUAACUAUACUAUGAUUGUUUGAAACCGUCCGGAGGUUUUGGUGUCUGGAAAUGGCCAUAAACUUGGAAAAGGACUGCAAAUUUAGAUUGAUUCAAAGAGCUUCUGUAACAUUUGGCUGUCACAGGUUCAGAAUCAGCAUCUCCGGGACACUUUCAUCCUCCGGUUUCUGCUAUCUCGAGGUGCAAAAUGCUGCUGCCUUUCUGAAGUUAUGGUGACAGGUUUGAUUGUUUGGUAGAUCAUUCUUACAGUAGCAAUGGCACUGGGUUUUUUUGACACUAGGAAGUGGGAACUAGUCAGCGAAGGAGUGUUCUUUACUUCUUUUCUCUUCCUAUGAACUGCACUAAGAAAAGCCCAUUGGAGAGUGUUCUUUCCUCUUAAUUAUGUUGUGAUAAACCAGAAACAAUUCUAUUUACCCCAAAAAGAAACUA